GCACAUUCAUUCGGAAGGAAUUCCUCGAAGAUGUUCACUACCAGUAAGAUGUUGAACCAAGCUGCUAUCCUUGCAAUCCUCUGCAUUAGCGCCAGCGCUGCAGUGUUUCGUCAACCUAUACAAAGGAUUGUCGGAGGCAAGCCUGUGAACAUCGAGGACAUUCCUUAUCAAGUGUCUGUCAAUUACUUCGGACAGCAUCUCUGUGGUGGUUCAAUCCUCAGUGAGAGGUUCAUCCUUACGGCAGCUCAUUGUAUAAUUGGUGCAACUCCUGAUUUCACAGUCAGAACUGGAUCAAACUACAGCUCAACAGACGGUGAGGUCCAUAAGGUGCGACAGAUCAUCAGCCAUGAGCUCUACGACGAUGAAACCACGGAUUACGACUUCAGUAUUUUUGAACUGGAAGAUCCCAUUACGUUCAGUGAUACAAGGAGGGCAGUUCAACUUCCCGAAGCCGAUGAGGACAUUGCCGUUGGUACUGUUUUGAAGGUUUCUGGGUGGGGAGAUACUAAGAACCAUCAGGAGUCCAAUUAUCACGUCCGUGCUGUAUCAGUGCCGAAGGUUAAUCAAUUAGAAUGCCAAGCUAACUACAUUUUCAGAGCAAUCAUUUCGGAACAGAUGUUCUGUGCAGGUUACCAAGAAGGAGGAAAGGAUUCUUGCCAAGGUGAUUCUGGUGGUCCCGUCGUUGACGACAACAACGUACAACACGGUGUAGUGUCUUGGGGUAAAGGUUGCGCCCUCCCAAGCUAUCCUGGAGUCUAUGCAAAAGUAUCAGCUGUAAGGAAUUGGAUUCGUGAAAUUUCAAAUGUUUAGGGUUGAUAUUAGACUAGAAGAUAUUCUUGGAAAUUCUGUUGUUCUUGGUUAAUAAAAAAAAUUUAAAAAAUAACUUA